CCAAUUGAAAAUAUCAAACCAAUGGUAGCAGCUACAAAAACCAUGAACAUACUCACCUUUGAUACGCUUCAAACAGUUGAUUUAUCGGGUGGAGUAUGCGAAUCUUUCACCAUUGUAAAGCAAAAUACUGUUCGAAUUAAAAGCUUUGAGACUUCAGAUAUGACGUUCAAAUUAUUUUAUUCACCAGAUACAUAUAUGAUACCUAAAUAUAUUGAGAAACCACCAUAUUCGUAUUUCGAUCUGAUUGGUGCAGUCGGUGGUCUAUUGACUUAUGCAUUUACAGCAUGGACAUUUCUGUUUGGUCGCGGGAAAUAUAAAUCAUGGGGAAUUAUUCAACGAUACCUACUUCGGAAUUCUCCUAAUGCCGAAAAAAUACCUCUGAUAUCUGCCAAAGACGUAUUCAAAAAGCCAGCAAAUAAUAUCGCCUCACCUAUUACUUUAUCUUGUAACAACAACACCACCAGCAGCAAUAACGAUCAAGGUCAAAUCGGAAAAGAAUCGACAUUUUAUUUCGACAAUCCGUUACCAAAUUCAUUUUCCACUCAACCAAAAAUUGAUGCCACAUCUUCAACACCAACAGCACCAAUUUAUACAGAUGAACAAAUGUUUAUAAGAAGAGUCGACGCGAGAAUCAAUCAGAAAUUAUGGUUCCUUGAACAAACCCUCAGCCGACAUUAUCUCGCAGGAUUUCGACUACGAAGAUAUGUUCACGAGUUGGAAAAUGCUUUAAAAGAAGCAUCAUCGGUUGAGGAACAACCAUCAUCUUCAUUAUCGUACAUGGUAAACGAUCAAGAAAUCCAUGAAUCAGUUCCUAAACCACCAGAACUGUAA